UUUUUUCUUUUGCAGUAAACAAGAUGGGGUUAGAUUGUGGAGGCAGAAUGGGACAGAUCAUUUUGGUCAUCAUCAACAUAAUUUUUAUGUUGAUGGGCCUCGGGCUCUUGGUCCCAGGAAUCGCUUUACAAACAAACUUUGAUUUUGUGACUGAUGAGAUUAAACCUGUCUUAGACGAGAUCAGAAUCACAGGAGUAGGUCUCGGGGAUGUUAUCCAAAAUCUCGGGAUCGGAUUCAUCAUUGUGGGCCUGUUUGUAUUCUUGGUGGCCACCAUAGGGCUACUCGGAGCUUGCUGCAAAAGCAAGUGUAUUCUGACAAUUUAUGCCAUUAUCGUGUUAGUGUUGCUGUUGUCACAAGUCAUUGUUGUGAUCCUGUGGUUCACCAUGCAGAAUACGCUGAACUCUACCGUAAAAGGUGAGCUGACAACUGUGUUAACGAACAAUUACAGAGAGGAUAGCAUUAACGGGACCAGCCAACAGAGUAACGGAUGGAACUAUCUUUUCAUAACGCUUAAAUGUUGUGGUAUCAACGCAGUAUCCGCUGGAACAGCAGGGGAUUUCCAGAACACUCCAAACUGGAGCGGUAAGGGGGCAAGUCAGAAGAUCCCCACGUCUUGUUGUCAAGGAGUCACAGCUGAAAGCUACACCGCAUCAGCUAAUUGUACAGACAGUGUAGCAGCUGGAACCUACUAUGAGCAGGGAUGUUAUGACGCUAUGAUUGCCAAAUUUGACACGUCUAGAUAUAGCAACAUUUUACUUGGUACUGGCAUAACCAUUAUUAUCAUAGAGCUUAUAGCUAUCAUCUCAUCAAUUUUGAUAUGCAGAGGAAACUUUGAUGAAGGGAAUUUAGCCUAAUUUGAUCAUAUACUUGCAGUCCUUGCUGCUAUCUGUAUAUGCCGAGGAACAGAAGAAGACGAUUAAUAAUAACCUCCAAUGAAAUCAACUCUGUCUUAUGACGUCACGUUUCACCUUUAAAAACUCAUACUCACUAAAUACUUCGCUACAAAAGCACGUUUCUUUUUUCUUAUCUAUGAAAGAUAAACAUGUAUUUGCAUUAAUAUUACACACUACUUUGAGAAUAUUCUUUUCUUCAUCUCUGUGGAUAAUUUUUUAAAACUUCCUGAGGUCGAAAUACGGUAUGUUAAUUUUUGCUUUCAUUGUAAGAAGUAUGAAACUAUCAUUGCAAUUCCUUAAUUAUACAUAUUCACGAUUUUAUGUACAUCAAUGAAUAAAAAAAAAUUAAAAAAUCAGAA